UUGGAGGAGCGGUUCACAUUUUUGAGAUUGCGUGGAGUUGCUGAUUCCCCGUUAUGUGAUUCUCCAAAAGGAACUCCAUCACGACGUGUUUGUACGUUAUCAACUACACCAAAAGCUGCCCGUAAGCCUUUGAAUAAGACCCUUCCUAGCAAAACUUUCACAAGCAUGCAUUUGUCCGAUGAGCAACGUGCCGUUGUUAGAUGUGUUUUACAAUCACGCCAAAAUGUUUUCUUUACUGGAAGUGCUGGCACAGGAAAAUCUGUGGUAUUGCGACGAAUCAUCGAAAUGCUUCCUGCAAAAACCACAUUUGUUACGGCUGCAACUGGUUAG